GGUGGACAGAACUGGUGUGUUUGGAAGAGGCAAUCUCAUCAUCUAUUUCACAUCAGUCAUAGUCAUCAAAACCACCUUCUUAAGGAAAAGAACCAAAACUCAAGAAGGAGGAAGCAAGUAGAUGCCUCAAGCGACUUUGAAGCAGAUACCAGACUGAUCUAUGCAAGUAUUUCAGGCCAAUGGUGGGCUGUGAAGGGAUUUCAAUGGACGCUCAGGUGGAAAAGGAUAGAGGAGAUGAGGAGAAGGAAGGUGGGUCAAGCGUGUCUAUCCUCUCCCCACAGCUGAAAGCCAUGAUGCGAAUCAAGAAGAAGUACCUGAAGAGAUCUAAUUCGGUCAGGUCGAGCACUAACUCGGUUGUGUCUGAUGGGAGUUUGCACCCUAAGAGUCCCCAGACCAGCAAGUCUAAGCGCAGGAAGUCCCGUGUGCUGUUCCCAAAUGACACUUUGAUAUUCAAGCCAAAGAAAGAGCGAAGCGGAGUGAAUCCUUUCCUGCUGCUCUUUAUCGUGAUUGUCUUUAUUCAGGUCUACAACGCCAUUGAGAAUCUGGACGACCACGUGUUGAAGUACGAUCUCGAGAGUUUGGAGAGAUCACUGCACAGUGAGGUGUUUGGCCAGCCGGAGGCGCUAGAGGAGCUCAUGAACCAUCUGAACGAUUACCUGUCCACUUACGCCCACCAGCAACCCCUCGCCCUGUCUUUGCACGGGGCGUCCGGCGUUGGAAAGAGCCACCUGGGUCGCCUACUCACGCGCCACUUCCGCUCCGUGGUCGACGACAAGCUAGUGGUGCAUUAUUUAUCCAAACACCACUGUCCCCUACAGGACGCAGCACAGCACUGUGCCUCCAAACUAGCUCAGCGUAUAUCAGAGGUAGUGACUCGAGCAGAGGAAGAGGAGCAGAUUCCCUUCUUCAUCCUGGACGAGGUGGAACUAAUGCCACCUCUGCUGUUGGACAUCCUUCAGGCGUUUCUUAAGUCAAAUCAGACGAAUGAGUUUCUGAACGUGGUUUAUGUUUUCCUCAGCAGUCUGGGGCAAAGGGAGAUCACAGCACACGUUCUUCAAAAUGCCUCCACCGCCGGAGCACAUGAACGCCUACGAGAGGCCCUGUCUCUUAUACAUCCUCUAUGGACAGAGCCCGCGGUCGAGCUUAUACCUCUUUCCCUGCUGGAGCGGGAACACGUCAUACAAUGCUUUCUAGAAGAAAUGACCCUGGAAGGGUUUUACCCUGACCUCAGUCAUGUAGAGAGACUGGCGGAUGAACUGGCCUAUCACACAGCGGCUGGAAAACAAUACGCAAAAACUGGAUGCAAACAAGUAGUGGGAAAAGUGAACCAGCUUUGAGAGAACUUUUGAAAAUGUGCACAUUUCAGUUACAUACAUUACACCAAAAGAAAUAAAUAAUUUUAUUCAGGAAGGAUGCAUUAAAUUGAUCAAAAAUGAUUUCUGUUUUAAGCAAAUGCUGUUCUUUUGAACAUUCUACCCUAGUGAAAAAUAAAUAUACUAAAAUGUAUUUAAAAUACAUUUAUUUCAUGCUACAAUUGCAUUUACAUAUUAUGUACUUAAUAAAAAUAUCCUGCAAUUGUACAUUUAGUAUACUAUACUAAAUCAUUUAAAGUCUGCUAAAUUCUAACAACUAAUUUUGUUAAUGCACUUUAGUGCGAAAAUAGUGCUGCUAAAAAUAGUCCAACUAAAAAUAUGCUUAAUUAUAAUUGAUUAACUAUAGGUACACUUUAAAUAUUUUGCAUUUAAAGAUCAAGCAAUCCUCAUCAACAGUGACAUUACAACAUAUUUUAGGCUUAAUAUUAAUGUGCAUUGGGCACAAGUAGUACUCCAAAUAAAAUUUAAUUACAAUUUUUAUUUAGUAAGUCUCAAGCGAUUUGUCAGCAGGGGCGAUUGAGGGUAUAAUAACAAACAUUAUAUACAUAUAAAAAAUGUUUGACUAAUAGGGGUGGUAUACUAUACUUAUUGUAAUAUUCCACUGUAUUGUAUAGAUAAGUAUAACAUUUGAUUACUGAAUAAGUCACGCCUUUCUGAUCUCUUUUCUUAGCUGAAGUAUGCAAACCUCUUUGCCACAUGCACUAGAAACUAUUGAAAGUUAAAUUUUCAAAUGAAAAUGGCAACAUGAUCGUUUUAUAAAGUGUGCGUUUAUGUGCUUAAUUUUCGCUGGAGGAAACAGCUGUGAUGUGAUGAGGGGUGAACACAGCGAAAACGUAGGCUACAGUAAAUGGGGAACCGAUUGCUCCUCCAUGAUAUUUUAUAUACUGUAUUUAAACUGCACAGAUGCAGAUAUUUUAACAAUCUAUCGAUAAACACAGACCGUGUCCUUUAUUUUUCGCUCUGCGCCACCGCGUUCUGCGAACUGAAGAACGCGCUGAAAGAAAGACGAGGAGGAGCUGAUCGAAGUCUGCUGCAAUUUUCAUAUGAAAUGUAAAGGGGACUGAGGCGAUCACGAAGUCAUGUACAGUUUAUGGAGCUAAUCGCAAAAUUUUAGGGGGGCUGAGUAGUCAGUUGGUCUGAAUGGCCUAGCGACGCCCAUGUUUGUCAGUAAAUAUGUUAAUGGACGAACUAUACUUAGUAUAAAAUAAAUGCAUUUUAAAGGGGUGCUAUUAUGCUUUUUCACUUUUUAAACUUUAGUCAGUGUGUGGUGUGUAUCUUUGGGAAUAAAAAAAGAUCUACAAUGUUACAAAUCUCAAAGUCCACUCCAAAAGGAGAUAUUUUGUUUUUGAAAAAAUCCCUUUCCAAGAACUACAACAAAUGGCUCCUUUGGACUACAACGUUUGUUUUCCAUAUGCAAUGAUGUCACAACAUGGUCCAUUACAAUAUCAUUAAAUUGAUGAUCUUUAAAAUGAUGGACAGUGAUGAUGUUCUUUGAUAAUAUUAAUGUUAGGCUGCUUUUAGCCUUAUGCUGGAGCUGGUUUCUCACAAGUGUUUCUCUUCAUCAGUCCAAAACAAGUCCAAUAAUGUGCAUCCAUCCAUAAUAAAAAGUGCCUCACACGGCUCCGUGAGGUCAAUAAAGGCCUCCUUGAGUGAAUCAAUGUGUUUUUGUAAGAGAAAUAUCCAUUAUUUAAAACUUUAAUCUAGCUUGCGCUAACAGUUGUACACAGAACUUGCUUCUUUGACAAGGAGCGUGGCAGUACUGAAACACCGUCUAAGCUGUUCGCCAAACGCAACGCAGUGGGACAGCAAACCAAUAACAACACAUUUCGUUUUUUGUAAGACGGGCCUUCAUUAAACCCAGAACUAAUUGAGCCUUUUGUAAGUAACGCCAGUUACUCUUUUCCCCAUUUAUUGACUGACAGUCUCCUGUCAGGAAAUUGGGAGUAAACAUGAUGUUACUGUAUUCUAGACUAAAUGUGAACAUGCAUUAAUUCAUCUCACUCACAAAAAACAGAUUCAGUAUUCCUCAAAAUGAAUAAAAACUGUGAAAUGCAAACUCAGAAUACUCACUUUAAAUUAGAAUUAGAAUUGUUUUAUAUUAAAAACAGAUUUAUAAAGUAACGCAAAAGUAACGUAAUGUAUUACUUUCCAUAAAAAGUAAUGUAAUUAGUUACUUUUUCAGGGAGUAAUGCAAAAUUGUAAUGCAUUACUUUUAAAAGUAACUUUCCCCAACACUGGUUCUAGUACACUCCCAAAACAAAAUCAAGACUUUGCAAAAGAGCAUAAUAGGACCCCUUUAAAUCUAUGUACAAAAUCUUUUUUUGUCUAAGCACAUUUUUAAAUGUUUGUCAUUAUUAUACUGUAUUUAUUAUAUUGUUGAAUUUUGAAUCUAUGUGUGACAUGUAAUAGCCAUAAAGCUGAUAGGACAAUAAAUGACUGAACGACUGGAGUAAUGGCUGUUGAAAAUUUUGCUUUGCAUCACAGGAAUAAAUUACA